AUGAGCUCCGGACCAUUCAGUGAUCGUGCUGAGGCAGACCUUAUAACUGAGGAGAUUAAUAGCUAUUUGGCCAAAUCAGGUUUUACCACCACUCUCGCCGGUUUUCUUAAGUUUCUUCUGUCGAUUCCGGACAAGCCAGAGCAGCCAACACUAGCAUUGCUUGAGAUGCUUGAAAUACCGCACGAACGUCUCGACACCAAUGCAUUGAUGGCCAUUCUUCAUGAAAGUAGGUCCGAACUGUUGAAAGCAGAGGAACUUAAUAGGAAGCUUAAAAUACGUCAUGACGAUCUUCUUAAAAUGUUCCCGAAUGAAGAACAGAACGAUACGGACAACUUAGUUACACUAAUGAACAGUUUGGAAAUUAGCGAAAGUGAGCUCGGUGACCUUAGAGAGAAGUGGAGUGUUAGAAAUCCCAAAUAA